AUGGCCGUGUUAAACUCCAACCCAGAGAUCCUCUUGCGUAAGAGAAAGGACAAGGACAGAAAGAGAUUGCAGAAGCAAGAAGAGGCCCAAGAAAGAAUCAAAAAGAGCCAACAGUUAAAGAAGGCCCAGAAGAACAACUUCAUCAGAGCAGAAACCUUGGUCAGCAGAUACAAGGCCAAUGAGUUGGAAAGAAAGCGGAUCUCCAAGAUCAGCUCCAAGAACGAAGAAUCCCCUCUCAUCAGUGAGGAUGGAGAAACCAAGUUGUUGUUCGUGAUCCGGACUCCAAACCACGUCAAGGGCCUCACCAUUCCCGUGAAAGCCCGUCAGAUCUUGGCGGUGUUGAAGUUGCAGGACACCGACACCGGGGUGUUUGUCAAGGCUACACCUACCACAAUGAGCUUGUUGAACUUGAUCGCUCCCUACAUCAUCGUGGGACGUCCCUCGUUGAGCUCCAUUCGUCAGCUCUUCCAAAAGAGAGCCCGUAUAAUAUCUCCACAGGCUGAAGAGGGUGAAGAGAAGAAGCCCAUGCGUUUGGACAACAACCAGUUGGUUGAAGACAAGUUUGGUGACUCUCUUGGCUUGGUUUGUAUCGAAGACAUUAUCCACGAGCUCCUCAGCUUGUCCGACAACUUUGUUGCCAUCACCUCUUGGUUGUUACCCUUCAAGUUGAACGCUCCUGUUAACGGAUGGGGACCCCAGGCCAAGUUGGCCAGAUUGCUCUACGAAGAAGCCAACAAGAAGAGUAUCAGUUUGAGUAAGGAUUUCAAGAUUAAGGAAGUCGAAGAUAUCGACUCCAUCAUCGCCCAACAGAACUAG